UGGGCGGACGUGCGCAUGCUCCCAGCAGGCGUCCCGCUGUUGUGAGGAACAUGGCUCCCGCGCUGCUGCUGCUGUCGCUUCGGUGGCCAGGGCACCCGGGACCGCUCCAGAGGUGCUGGGAGCUGCUGCAACGGCAACUGCAGCAGAGCUGGAACGGCUUUGCCAGUCCUCAGUGGGCACCAGCAUUAGCAGUCCAGGGUCCAUCUGUCCUCACAGAACUACCGCACGAUACCAGUGGAAAUGAGGAGAAUUCCAGCUUUUUAGAGAGUAUCUUUUGGAUGGCAGCUCCCAAAAACAGACGCACCAUUGAAGUUAAUCGGUGUAGGAGAAGAAACCCUCGGAAGCUUAUUAAAAUUAAGAACAAUAUAGACAUUUGCCCUGAAUGUGGUCACCUGAAGCAGAAACAUGUCGUCUGUGGCUAUUGCUAUGAGAAAGUUCGCCAGGAGACAAAAAAAAUCAGACAACAAAUAUGGGCUCAAGAGGGGGGCCCUUUUAAAGCUCCUUCUGUAGAGACUGUGGUCCUAUACACAGGAGAGAAACCGUCAGAGCAGGAUCAAGGGAAGAGGAUUGUUGAACGAAGCAUAAAGAGGCCAUCUUGGUUCACCCAGAAUUGACACUAAAGAAGUUAAAAGGGUAAUUUCAUCGUAAGGCAGUCUCAAAAAUCAGGAGUCUUUAUUUUCAUGUUGUUCGUGUUUUCACAUCAUCAAUGUAUUUUGAAAUGGACUUUAUUAUAAAUAAACUUAACAUUUAUGCAAAAGCUGAA